CAGUUUAAUCAGCUGAGACUGCAACUUACGUUCAUUUUUAAGUUUAUUUCAGCGGUGCUAAUAAAACCGAACGGCCCGGUGAUGUUCAUGUUCGUCGGUGGGCGUAUUCUUUUUAUAAUAAUUGGUGUGCCGUAGAUAAGGCGAAUUCGUAAACAAACGACGGAACGCAAACAAACGUGUUGACACUCGGCUCGUAGCGCCAGCGGCUCCAAUCAGUCGUGUUUUGGAAGCCCGUGUAGCCGGAACCCUCGAUUUUUGCGGAUUGUAUUGUGCGUUCUGUUAAUUAAAGCUAAAAAUGCGAACACUUGCCAAGCGUUCUAAUUAGCCGACGGGCGAAAUGUGUUGAUUCUCCAAAAAAUAAACAACGCCAAUGCACCGAAUUCCAAUUGGAAGAGAAACGUGAUCUUGGGUACAAACACACGUAUUAUAACGGCACCCGCAUGCAUACGAUUUUGCAUGUGUGAGUUGAACACAUGCUUUUUCCGCUUAACUUAGCAUUUUUUGUGAAUGAACUGGAAAACAGGCGAAUUUAGCACCGAUAAAACGCAAUUAGUAUUGAUCUUUUCGGCGCGGGUCAACGUAAUUACGACAAAAUGAAGGCCACCAUCGAUAAAGAGCUGCUGCCCAUGAAGGCGCACUAUUUUCUCUUCAAUGCCGGUACCGCUCCCGUCGUCCCCUUUAUGCCGACUUUGGCCGGACAGCUGGGAUACUCCCCCGCGGUUGUGGGCACCAUGUACAUGAUUCUGCCCAUCAUUGGAAUGCUGGCGAAGCCUCUUUUCGGCUACAUUGCAGACCGGUACCAUCGCCAUAGAUCCCUCUUCCUGGGUGGCCAGGUGCUCACCGGGAUCGCCUUCUUCCUGAUCAUGUUUGUGCCGGGGAUGGAGAAGCCGCUGCCCAAGGUGGAAUUCCACUGCCACGCUGGGGUUUCCGAGUUGAGAUUCUGCUCCGAAUACGGCGAGUGUGUCGAGAGGAAUCUGGAGCGCUACUAUGGAAAUCGAACGCUGGACUGCCAUCUAAACUGCGAGGCGCAGCCCUUCAUGUGGGACAUUGCGUGCCAGGAUUGGUUGCAGAACAAGACGGACAACUGUGCCGCCAAUCGCACCAAUCCCCAGAUCGAAUUUGGUACCAGCAUCAACAUGAAGGACAUCGAGGACAUAAAGGACUGCUUGUUCUUUAAGGUUCCCCGUGACCAAGGCCAGAUUGCAGGGCAGAAUGUCACCUUGUAUUGUCCAGCGGACAAGGAGUACUUCAAAACCAAUUGCACCAUGGACUGCCAAGAGGAUUACCUCAAAGAGCAGCUGGCGGAGAGUGCGGUGAUCAACACCAGUAGUGCCAUGUCCAUGCCGAAGUUCUGGCUGUUCUUCGGCCUGCUCAUCUUCAGCUGGAUCGGCAUGGCGGUGGUAGUUAGCAUCGGAGAUGCUAUCUGCUUUGGCAUCCUCGGGGAUCGUCACCAUCUGUAUGGAAAGCAGCGCCUGUGCGGCUCCCUUGGUUGGGGAGUGUUCGCCUUGUUGGCCGGCGUCCUCGUGGAUCACAUGUCAUUGGGAGAGGUGGACAAAAAUUACACGGCCGUUUUCUGGAUGGCCCUGAUUAUCAUGGGAUUUGAUGUGUUCGCGUCAUCCAAGCUCAGGCACACGCAGACACAUUUGUCGUCCAACAUAGUUAAGGAUAUUGGUCAGAUGUUCCUCUCGCUGCGCUGCGUGAUCUUCUUUCUGUGGUGCGUCGCCAUUGGACUUGGAACUGCGCUCAUCUGGAACUUUCUGUUCAUCUACUUAGAGCAGCUGGACAAGGCGUUCGAGGGAUGUGACAGCUCGAUUAAGACCCUGGAGGGUUUGGUCAUGGGAAUUCAGUGCUUCGGCGGCGAGCUGCCCUUCUUUUUCCUUUCCGGUUGGAUUCUGAAGAAGAUUGGGCAUGUAAACGCCAUGAGUAUGGUGCUUUUUGGUUUUGGAGUGAGAUUUAUUCUGUACUCGAUGCUGCAGAAUCCCUGGUACAUCCUGCCCAUCGAACUAAUGAAUGGGGUGACCUUCGGGCUGUUUUAUGCAACAAUGGCCUCCUAUGCGAGCAUUGUGGCACCGCCUGGAACUGAGGCUACCAUGCAGAGUCUGGUUGGAGCGAUUUUCGAGGGCGUUGGUGUCUCCAUGGGCAGCCUGAUUGGUGGACUGCUCUUUGAGUCGGUCACUGCACGCACCACCUUCGAGAUCUUUGGAAUUGGCGCCUUCAUUAUCUUUGUGAUUCACGUGUCCAUUCAACUAUAUCUGCAGCGCAACAGCAACAUCGACGAAAAUGGCACUGUCAAGUAUUUCGCACCGACAGAUGCAAUGCACAUGCUGAAUGAUCAGGAGUAUAGUAGAGUUAGCUAAAUUUGGUUUGACCGCAUCACCACCCACACCACCAAACACCAACAAUCACCAACGAACCAGCAACAGCGACAAGAGGCCACGCUUCUACUGUUCAACUGAAUGCUCCACUUCAACAUAUUUCUACUCUCGAAGCGCAUGUUGAAUAGAUGUACAACUACCUGUAUUGUAAACGUGCUUUAAUUAAGUAGUAACUUAUCUUAGUAACCCCACAAUCCCACACAUUGCCACCUAUGUACAUGCAUGUCGCGCAAGCGAAAUUCUUUCCUCAUUUACCUUUGAAUUCAAUGUGAAAACUUAAUAAUUUGUAGAAUUUCAAGCGCAGCAGUUUGUUUGCAUGUGAAUUAUUGUUUAUAUAAGCUGCUGCCUUGGAGCUGUGAUUAUUCAACUACUGUUUCUCCACACCAUCUUAAUGUUUAACAUAUUUGUAUAUUUAUAAAUAAUUUUUGUAGCGUAGUAGUAUACCGUAGUCAUUGGCUUCCCUUACUCCGGGUGCAUGUGGCUCUAUUUUUCUGAAAAUCUCUUAAGUAUUUACUUAACUAUACACAAUAAACAAUGUAAUGCUUUCCGACUUAUCGCAGGCAUACGAUAGCCAACUCUUAUAACAUAUACAACUAUUAUUAUGUAUCCAAAUGGUUUAACUUUUGUUCAACUGUUAUCUGUGUUAAGUUGUUAGCUAGUUGUUAACGGAAAUUCCAAUGUAAAUGCGCCUUUGCUGGGUGUAGUGCUUGUAAAAUCCGAGAUCUGGUGACUGAUCCAGUGCGUCUAGUGGCUGCCGAUGAGCGACUCCUCGUGCUGUUGCCUGUCGAGUUUCCGCUGGUAGUCGCGGUGCUUGCAGGCCGCCACGUUUGCGGCUCGUUUCUGUAAUCAGCAAUUUAUAGCUAAUAAACGUUUUAAUCAACA